GAACGAGAACCUUCUUAUCUUCCAUGUUGAUUUUUCGCAAUUCAAUUUUCGAACGGUUUCUUCUGUACUUUCGAUAUAUGUGUGUCGAGAUCAGUUUAUCUGACCGUGAUUGCAAUUCCUAGUCUUUGAUAUGUACCUAUUAUAUUUAUAUUUUGAGGUAAUAGUUUAGUUUUUUGAUUAAAUAAACAAAAACAUGGAUUAUCAUGAAAUACUGCUUCAUUUAACAACAUUUAAUAAAACUGAAAGUGUUUUAGGAAAGGCUGACUUUGAUGAAAGAUUACAGAAGGCUUUGGAAAAAGUACAACUGGUUUUAGUGAAAAAUGAUGAAAACCUUGUAAUUAACAGUAUUGAAGAUGAAAAUGGACCUGACGAUAUUAGGUAUCGGUACAUAUAUGUCAUGAUAUAUGUCUUAAAAAAUAUAAAGAUGAAUAAUUCCACAAACGAUGGAUCUUUACUUAGCGUUAUGCAAUUUCGUACUAUAAAAAUUUGUAUAGAAAUGAUAACUGCUAUAGGAAUUAUAUCUUGUCUUUUACCCGGUGUCGGAGUUGACUUGGCUAAAUUAUGUCCCAGAGUUUUGAUGGUCUGGAAGGAAGAUAUAUCAGAUUUCCAAAAAUAUAAGAGAUUAAAAUUCACAGUUAAUUCUGUCAUAGAAUUAUACGAUGACAUUAUGUUUCGUCCUCCAAUACUUGCUCAAAUAGGAUCCUUAUUCGCUGCACUUUUACAAUUAUCCUAUGCUCCAUUGAUAAAACCACUUGAAAACACUAUACCGACUCAAGAAGAAAAUGAAAGCAAGGUUAAAUUUAUAAUGACUAAAGAUAUACAUGAUAAAUUAAAACAAGAUCAAGAACACUUUAUAUGUUUGUUUCAUAAGUUAUUAAAUAACUGUCCCUUACCUAUAUGCAUGAAAGAAUUGAUGGUAAUUCUUGGCAUUAAAGGAGUACCAAGAUGGCUCCAACGUGAAACCCGCAAAUAUUUAGUACAACAACUAAUGCAACCUAAUGGAAUUAUUUCAAUUGUAACUAUUGUUUGUGAAAACCCAUUGGAUUAUGGACAACAUUGGAAUAAAUUGGAUACUAUUUCCCGAUUAAUAGCUACAUCACAUGGAAUUAAUCCUGAUGAAUAUUAUAAAUCCAUAUGUUCACAAUUACUGAAUCUUUUAAGUUCAACCCGGAUUAUGCAUUCGGCAACAAUAGCAAGCUACUGCAUUACUAUAUUUUAUGAAUACAAUCCGAUGGUUUGCUUUAAAAAUAUUGUAAAAGUAAUAUGUGAGCCAUUACUAAUAAAUUCAGAAAAUGAAGAGGAGGUGAAAAGCGAGGAAGAGGUGGAAAAAUGUAUUGAAAAUUUAACAAGAUGCUUUGUCGCCAUGGAAAGUAAAUUUAAAAAAUUGCCUUCUGAACUUUUAAUGGAUGUAGCUGUUCCUUUAUUUUCAUUAUAUAACACUGUUAGACAAAGUGCUUACGUACUAAAAUCUAAACUAAAACAACUUGUACUAUUGCUUUUAUACGAACAACCAUUAAAUACUAAUCUUUUUGCCGUAUUUCUUGGACACUAUGUAACUAAUAAUUACGGGAAACAUUUGAAAUCAAAGUUUGGACCAGCAGGUGGAAUUGAAAUUCUUGGAUUAGAUAGGACUUGCAAAUAUGAAGAAUUUGCAGAUACUUUAUUUGAUUUGACGUUUACUACAAGAAAUUUAUCAACUAAACUGUUUACCUAUUUAUUAAAAUUUCUAUCAAAUUCCAUAAAAGUAGAUCAAAUGGAAGAUCAAAAUAUGUUAGAAACUCAGGAAGAUACAAUGGAAAAGAUGGAAGAAAAAUUAGCAGCUGUGAAACUUCUAUCAAGUUUAGCUAAUAUAUCUGUUGUGCAAGAAUCACAAGUUGAAGAUCCAAAACUAAUGUUCUAUUUUAUAAAAUUAUUAUUUAAUCAGCAUAUAAAAAGAACACAGGAUUUGACAGCAGACGAAGACUAUGAAAUGUUAUAUGUAGGCUUAAUGUUAGUGAAAAUGAUUGUAAACGAAAGAAAGAAAUCUUUAGAUUGGACAGUAUUCAAUGAUUUUGUAAGAUUCUUGAAAGAAUGUAGUGCUUUUUCAAAUAUUCCAUCUCAAUUGUUAAUGUUAAUGCAAGAACUGAUAGAACUAGUUGAAACUAAAGGUAAGCCAGGAAAAAAACGUUAUCAGGACGUGUCAGCCGGUUGUAUAGUAUCAAACAGAUUCGAUAACGUAAUUCAAGAUCUUGCGGAUCCGUUACUACCUGUACGUGCUCAUGCACUUGUAGUUCUUACUAAACUAAUUGAAAAUAUGGAUCCAUAUACUAUUUCUAAAAAGUCAGUUCUUCUACAAUUGUUUAUGGAAAAUGUGAAACACGAAGAUUCGUUUAUAUAUUUGGCAGCAAUUAACGGAUUAUGUGCUUUAGCCACUUCAUAUCCAGAAGUAGUUGUUAAAACAUUAGUACAGGAAUAUAUUGAUAUACCACAGCGUAUUUCUGGUGGAGACAUAAAUAUAGAAACUAGAGUUAAAUUAGGAGAAAUACUUGUAAAAAUGACCAGAAAUUUAGGUGAAAUGGUAUCGUAUUAUAAGAAUAUUUUAAUAAACGGAUUCUUAUGUGCUAUACGAGACGCAGAUUCUUUAAUGCGAGCAUCUAGUCUUUCUUGCUUAGCUGAACUCUGUAAAGUACUAGGUUUUCGUUUGGGGAAUGACGUUAUUGAGGUGAUCUAUUGCAUUACCAGUAUUGUAAAAACAGACAAAGUCCCUGAAUGUCGACGAGCUGCAGUUAUGGUUAGCACUUUAUUAUUCCGUGGUCUUGGAAGGGAUACAUUAACAAGCCUGGGUAAAGAUUUGGUUGAUUUAUAUCGUGGCCUUAAACACUUACGAGACAACGAUGAGGAUUUAAUACUACGAUUACAUGCUCAAAUAGCGCUGGAAGAAUUAGAUUUAAUUGUGCAAGACUUCAUCCUUGCUUCUCCAAAACUUGAAAAAAAAAUUAUUCUUUAGGUUUGUAAUAAUGAGUACCGUUAUGAAAAAAUAUAGUUUAAGAAUAUUUACUAUUUGGUUACUACAAAGAAUAUUUAUAUUCAUUAUUUCUUUUUUAAUGUAUAAGUUUGAGUUAUUUGUUAUAGUUCUAAAUAAAAGCAAGUAUAAUUGA